AUGGUAGAGAUGGUGAAUUUGUUUGUCUGCCUGAGAGUUAACUGGAUCUCCUGCUCUGAGGACCACGUUGCCGCGGAUCUGAGCAUGAUCACAGGGGUAGUAGUAGCCAUCAUUUACUUCGUGUUCAUCUUCGUCUCGUACAUCCGCAUUUUCUGGGCCCUCUAUGUCAGCACUGCGGACAGCAAUUUUGGCUGGAUCCCAGAAUCCCUUGAAGAGGGUCUUCCUGGUUGUCGUAUUGGCCACUUCAAAAAGCUGGUUAUCCUCACAGCGAUGUCCUGUGACCACUACACAACCAACUGCCGCACCCUGCGCUAUGAGCUCAUCAUGAACAACACGUCCUUUGGAAAGAUGCAGUUCUUCUGUGAUGUCCCUUCCUUGCUGAAGAUCUCUUGCCCCGAGGGCAACGUCGCCAUCGAUGUGAGCAUCACAGGUGGGCUAGCUGUAAGUUUCGUCUACUUAGUCUCGAUCAUCGUCUCCUAUGCGUGCAUCUUCCAGGCCAUUUCCCGUCGACUCUGGCUGGACCUGCUGGUGUCCGUGUCCUACACCGUCGUGCCCCCAACCCUGAACCCCCUCAUCUCCAGCCUGAGGAACCGGGAAAUGAAAGCCACCCUGGGGAGGGACAUGGCAGACUUUUGCAAGUAA